UCAGCAAAACGGUCUUCCUUGUGUUAAACAGUGUCAGCAAAACGGUGGUGACGAAAGCUUUAGAUUUGGGAGAGUGUAACGACAAGGGAGAUAUUCGCGAUCAAUUCAAUAAUGAUAAAUUGUUACCGGCUGUUUAUUAUAUUUCUGGCUUUCAACUCUGAAAUCAAAUAUUCGAUUGGUCACAACGUUCUUCAGAAUGUGGCAUAUGGAAAGUCUGCCUCUCAAAGCACGGACCCCAGUUGGGGAAGUACCCCACUGGCAGGUAAUGCUGUAAACGGUGUCUUUACGGAUUUCACCCAUACCGACCUGGAAAAAAAUCCAUGGAUUAGAAUUAAUCUUGGCAGAAACUACACAGUCCAUGAAGUAGAAGUAUUUGGUAGGAAAGACUGUUGUUUUCAACGACUUCAUGACGUUGAUAUACGAGUUGGCAAUGAUUUGCACGACAUGCAUUUAUGCGGCCAUUUUACCGGAUCUUGCAGCAGAUCCGGGGAGCGGAUCGCAGUGUUUUGUCCGUUCAACACAUUCGGUCGUUAUGUUCAGAUACAGAUUGUGGAGGGAUGGAACAACUACCUCUCUGUUGCAGAAGUCAUUGUUUGGGGACGUUUGUAAUUUUAAUCUGAUGAAGAAUUCGAAAAA